UGCUGAGAAGCCAAAGCAGUUACCCUAGAAUCCAAUAACCCAUCAGGUAACUCCCAGGGCUCUCGAACUUCGCAGAACCAACUGGAUUUUCAGGCUGAAGAUCCACCCUUGAGAAGGGCUUUUAUGGGAACAUCAGGGACAUUCCAGCACUUAUAUGGUCACUCCCUAGGGAGAAUACCAAGCUGCAUGCCUUCCCUGCCUGGCAUGCAGAGACCACUCCUGGUCACCUGGACCACCACGCCCAAGGAAGAGAGAACGCUGGAUUACCCAGUGGCGCCACGCAAAUAAUUUCUUGCGGGGGGGGCAACUUGCUCUGAGUUCCGCGUUGUUCCUAGCGAAUGGGCAGACUUUUCUGCAAAACACCUGGAAGGGUGGAACUGGCAGCGAACUUAAAAACUGUAGAGACUGAACUGAGGAUCCCCGUGGAAUUCUCGAAAAGAAGAGGGGCAUUUAUUAUAAAGAAGGCUGCACGCGGUGGGAGCUUCCUUGCUGAUCUCCAAGCGCAGGCAGUCCACGUUCGCCUGGCCCGCACUUGGCUCCACUCAGCCACCGUAGGCCCCGCAGCCGCGGUGCGCUUUCCCGCGGUCCUUCGGCCCGCAGCUUCGCGCUCGCUCGGGAACUCGUCCGCUUGGCGCUCUCACCCCCUCUUCCCUUCCGGCUUCCCCCUGCGCAGCUUCGGCUGGCUGCAACUGCGCACGCGUGCCGACGCCCCCUCAGUCCCGUGCGGGGGGAAGGGAUGGGAGUGAGGCUGGGUCCCGCGGCUCACCGGGCUCCCUCCUCCCCUCCCCUCCCGCUCUCCUGCGGCGGCCCGGCGGGUCCCAAGGCUGCGCAGCGGAAGCUGAAGACGCAGCCACAGCGGCCGAGGCGGGAGGGGCCAGGAGCCCCGCCCCCGGGAGAGGCCGCCCCGCAGGUGAGAAGGGCGGGGUCCAGGUCCCCCUCUAUCCUGCACUCCCCUAACCCUCGCACAGGAUGAAAUUUAACUGGAAGGACGCGGUUGAUGCAGUGGCAAUGGACCGAGCCUAAGGCAGAAGGCGGGUAAAGCCACCUCUUAGACGAACACACCCGCCUUCACCCAGCCUCUAGGUUCCUGAGCCUGCAAGAUGUUGGAGCGAGGUGGGAAGUCCCAGGCCGGGAGCACAGAUCCAAGCCCCUCUGUCAAGGAACCGGUGACCAAAGGAGAUCUUCACCAGGGCCCUCCACAGAAACCCAGCCAGCCGGCUCCAGGGUCCACUGCAGCGGGAGGCGCGCCUUCCCGGUCCCGCCGGCGGCCCCCUCCACAGCGCCCACACCGCUGCCCCGACUGUGACAAGGCCUUUUCCUACCCGUCCAAGCUGGCCACACACCGGUUAGCACACGGCGGCACCCGGCCCCACCCGUGCCCGGACUGCCCCAAGGCCUUCUCUUACCCCUCCAAGUUGGCAGCGCACCGCCUCACGCACAGCGGCGCCCGCCCGCACCCGUGCCCACACUGCCCGAAGGCUUUUGGCCACCGUUCCAAGCUGGCAGCCCACCUCUGGACCCAUGCGCCCACCCGCCCCUACCCGUGCCCUGACUGCUCCAAGUCCUUCUGCUACCCCUCCAAGCUGGCUGCCCACCGCCACACGCACCACGCCACCGACGCUCGCCCCUAUCCUUGCCCACACUGCCCCAAGGCGUUUUCCUUCCCCUCCAAGCUGGCCGCCCAUCGCCUCUGUCAUGACCCCCCCACCGCACCGGGCAGCCAAGCCACCAGCCGCCACCGAUGCUCUACCUGCGGUCAGGCCUUUGGCCAGAGACGACUCCUGCUGGUGCACCAACGGGGCCACCACCAGGUGGAGGGCCAGGGGGAGAGAGAGUGAGCACUCUUGGUGCCUCACUGACCCCCCUCUGCUGCCUGCCCCAUCAGUAAAGAGGUGGGAUUCCUAAGUCCAUUGUACAGAUUUCCCCCUUUGAGGGGCCCCUCCAACAUGGUCGUGGAGCGUGGCUCUCUUGAGGGACAGGUGUCAACCAGACAGCACUGGGUCCAAAACUAUGGACCCUGGAGCUAUGGUUUGCUGGUGCUGGGUCUGUCUGGUUUUCCCCUCCCACUUCUAUGGCAAGGGCAAGAAGUCUGCAAGUGUCCUGGGUUGGUGAGGAAUGUGGACAAACAGGCUCUUUAUUGUGUUGAAAGUUUAACUUGAUGACCCCACUUCAGCCACAUUACCAUUUAAGACACAUACUUGCCUGCUGAACCUACUCCACCUACUGGAAUGUGUGCUAUAAACUCAAGCAUGGGAAAAGGGCAUAAAGGUAAGACUGUUCAGCCUGUAAUCCCAGCACUUAGAAGGCUGAAACGAGAAUCACUGCAAGUCUGAUCUACAUAGUGAGACCCUAUAGACUGUCCUAAAUGUAUUUUUUAAAAAAAGGUAAGGAUGCUCACUACAGCGUGAUGGUUGUGGCCAGAUUGGAAAUCACCCAUGUGACCGUGGGUGGGGGCUGCAAUGAAUGAGUGUUGCUGCCCAAUAGAAUCUACAGGUGUAGGAAGAAAGUCAUCGAUCCCUGCGCUGAUGUGGACCGAGCCAAAGAUAUACAAGGUGAUACAGGAAGAGAAUAAAGGGCAUGCCCCUGACAGUACGAAGACAUCUGAAAGCCCAAACCUUGGAGAGAGCCUUGACCACCUCACAGGAGUUUCGAGUCCUUGGACAAACACUGUCACUUCCUUACCUGUAAAAUGAAGGCAUCUUAAGGCAUUGGUAAGGGGCAAGCAUCAUCGCAGGCAGUCAGUUCCCUGUUGGAUGUUUCUCUACCCUAAAAGGAUGAACGACCUAGCAUAGGAACGCUUUCUGUUCCAUAGAUAUAUACUAAGCACCUAUGGUGUGCUGCACCCUGCCUGGGACAUUAUAGACACAGCAGUGUUGACAGAUUUGAUCUAGUGAGGACAGCGGACGCUAAUCAAGUAGUGGUCCCCCAAAGGCAUGAAGCUGCAUGUCUGUAGUGACCACAAUUUAGGAGGAAAAGGCAAGCAGAUUGGAAGUUAUGGCCCAACCUGGGAAACUCAGCAAGACCCUAUACCAAAAUGGGAGAGGGGUGGGGAUUUAGAUCCAUGGUGGCGCUCUUGCUAAGUGUGUCAGGCCAUAGGUUCAAGCCCCACUAUUGGGAAAAACAAAAAGCCAAAGCCAUUUAUUGUGGGAACCUUGCCUUGUCCUUUCCCCAGAUACUAGAAUUAGAGCAAAGCCAAUGGAAAGGAACUAGAAGCCAGAAACAGACCUGCCUGCUUUUAUACGGACAGAUGGCAAACCCUACAUGUACAUCAGGGAGUGACAAACUUCCCCAGAGGGAUCUGAUUACAUAUAUUCUGAUUCUCCCCCACUCUUCCCGGAACUGCGUCUUUACAUUGAACUUUAUUUUUUGAGACAGGGUCUUGCUAAGUUGCCCAGGAUGCUCUUGAACUUGCAGUCCUCCUGCCUGAGCCUUCCAGAGUGCUGGGGCUACAGCGGUGAGCCACCAUGCCCAGCCAGAUAAUACAUAUGCUUAGGUUUACAGGCCAUAGUGUCUGCUGCAGUUAACUCUGCUGCUGUAGUGGAACAGCAGCUACAUACAGUAUUACGCAUACACGAAGCAGUGCAGCUGUGUUCUAAAAAA